AUGGAAGAAAAAGACGAUUACGAUGUAUUUAUCGAAGAAGCAGAAAACGUAAUCGAGCAUUACACAGCGGGUGAAGAUGUACAAUAUGAAUUAAAUCGAUUACUUGAACGAGCUCUUCUUGUUGAUCCAAUAAAUGCUCCAUGCAGAGAUGCCGAAGCCAUCAACGCCUAUAAUUUAUUGAAGCGCGCUAUAGACACAGAGAGCCCCAUAAACAUCCCAAUCACCCCUAUUAUCCGUCAACGACAAAGAUCUCACUCUUCAAAUGAUCAUAAUAACGCAUCGACAAACUCUCCAGCUGAACCUGCCCUACAUUCCAGAUUUCCUGUUCUCAUUUGUUUUAUAAUUUUUAUCCUUCUUUGUCUUAUAUACUAUCUAAUCUUGCCACCACCAUGUCCUCGCCCACUUUGGUGA